GCCUUGGUCACUAGCAAGUUAGACAGUUGACGUAUCGGACAGCGCUUUCUUGUGUAUACACUUAACAACCAAGCGACGGAGCAGUACAUAUGGCCAUGGACAUUCGACAUAUGACCCUCCGAGUGACAACUGUAGUGACCAGUCCGUUUGUAAUAGAAAAGGAUACAGAUGUCUAUGAAGGUUUCAUGGUUGAUCUGUUGAAGCUGGUAGCAGACCAAGCGAAUUUCGAUUACGUCAUACAGAGAGUCAGAGAUGGGCUGUAUGGUAGCCAACGUCGUGAUGGAUCAUGGAAUGGAAUGAUUGGCGAGCUUGUAAGAGGGGAAGCUGACGUUGCUAUGGGCGACCUGACAGUGUCAACUGAGAGAGCGUCGGUCGUCGAUUUCACGAAGCCUGUUAGAAACCUAGGAAUCCAGCUCCUGGUGAAGAACCCCGCCUACGGAAGCCCUGAAAGUUUUCCAUUCACCAAUCCAUUCUCCAGUGAACUGUGUCUGUCGAUCGCGGCUGCGUGUAUUCUCGUCUGUGUCGUCAUGUACGUCAUUGGAAGAUUCAGUCCUUCUGAACGCUCCUCCCCUGGGUCGUCUCUCGACAGAGGAACCGGCACAGACAGACAUUUUGGAUUGUCCAACAGCAUCGUCUUUACGUUCAGUACGAUGACGCUACAAGGAUACAAACACAUGCCCCGGUGUAUCGCCGGUCGUCUGCUGGCGGCGUUCUGGUUUCUCUUCGUCCUCUUCAUCGCCAUCGUCUUCACUGCUAAUACGACAGUGUUCCUUCUGGCUGGUGGUUCCAGAGCCGAAACUAAUCCUGGAAUGCCGUUCAGAGACUACACAGACUUAGUGCGAGACACAGAUAUCAGUGUGGGUGCUAUAGCUGGAGGGUCAACCAUCAAUCAUCUGAAGAGAUCAAACAUCGGGGUUUACAAGCGCCUGUACAGUCGACUUGUUCCUGUGAAUGAUUACGCUGAGGGAAUUGAGAGAGUUCGACAGUCCGAUAACUUUGUCAUGUUGAUGUCAUCAAACACUGCCGAGUAUAUUGCUGCCAUGCACUGUGACGUUAAGGUGUACGGACCACUCAUCUUUCCAGGAGCUAUAGCAUUCGCGUUGAAAAAGGGUUCGCGUGUAGCACACACAUUUAACACGGCUCUGUUGGAACUUCAUGAAUCCGGUACCAUCCAGCAGUUGUAUCACAAAUGGUGGGUUGAAAACGCUAUUUGCAGUCCCGAAGAGAUGCGGUACAAAGCAAAGAGCCAUGGUAUAUCUGGGUCGGUCAUCAGCCUGCCAGACCUAAAGGGCGCAUUCGCCAUGUUGCUAGCAGGGGGACUGGCAAGUCUGGCAGCACUGGGGCUCGAACUGGCAUACGACAGAUUCAAGAGAAAGAGAUCUUCAAAGGGACAGUCUGCUGCCGACAAGAAAGACAUUGACGAAACCGCUGACAACGCUCUUUAGAAGACUUUCAACACGUUUAGUUCCCAAUACCUCAGUACUGCAUGCAUGACUGCAUUAUGACGGUUAUGAUACACACAACCAAGUUCACUGAAGGCGACCAAUUUUACUACCCUCUAAUCUCAGACGAUUAUAGCAGUUAAUACUAUUUUAGAAUAACUCAACAAUGAGUGAUGUUUGGGCAUCACAAAUUGGCUUUCACAAAACUACCAUUAAUAGGCAGACAAUCGGAUCAAUAUUUACAAACUCUCGCAGCUCUCUGCUGAGAAGGUUUUGUGGAAUAGGGACCUGAAAUAACUACAUAUCGCUAAUCUCUACAACGUUUCAAACAACUCUAACAAAUACUGUUAUCUCACAAACGUUGUGGACUGCUAACUUAACUACUUGUCGAUUAAAACUGGGCGCUGGAAUAGCAUUCUGUUGGAAGAUAGUUUAGACUUUUAAAAAUGUGUUUUUGAGAACGUGCCGAAAUAAAACAAUUAGCGUAG